AUGGAGAAGAACUUGGUCUCCAUUCUCUUCCUUGUUCAUCUCCUAAUAGGAGUCCCAUUGUUGUCUCUCUUUGUCACCUUCUCCGCUGCUUCUUCAGACUAUAACUCUGGCGAAGUUGAUUCAAUCUUCUUCCAGCAGUUCUUCUUCUCCUUCUCCUUCUCCUUCUGUGAUUGCAGAGUCCAACACAUUUUGGGGAUUGAUUUUUUCAAAUUGCAGAGUCCAACCUUGCAGUCUCCAAUUGACCUACUGGACCGAAGGGUCCAAGUCCUUUCACAUCUGGGUAGGCUCAACAGAGACUACAAACCAGCUCCUGCCACUGUCAAAAAUAGAGGCCAUGAUAUCACUAUAAUGUGGAAAGGAGAUGCAGACGAGAUCAAGAUCAAUGGUACAGAGUAUAAGCUGCUGCAGUGUCAUUGGCAUUCCCCCUCUGAGCACACUAUUAAUGGUACAAGGUACGAGUUGGAGCUGCACUUAGUGCACAAAUGCUCUCAAGGGAAUCUGGCAGUGGUUGCAAUAGUCUACAAAUAUGGCCGCCCUGAUCGAAUGCUAUCCAAGUUGUUCCACCACAUAAAGUCAGUGGAUCCAAAGCAAGACAAGGAAUUGGGGAUAGUGAAUCCAGGAGAUAUCAAGUUUGGCAGCAGCAGGAAGUACUACAGAUACCUUGGUUCCCUCACUGUUCCUCCCUGCACCGAAGGCGUCAUAUGGACGAUUGUCAAGAAGGUGAGGACAGUGUCAAAGGAACAAGUUAGAGCCCUAAGGGAAGCUGUUCAUGAUGGAUUUGAGGCAAAUGCAAGGCCAAUUCAGCCGUUGGAUGGAAGACCUGUGUAUCAGUAUCCAUGA